AAGAGGUUAAUGAUAAAGCAUCCUUAUGUGUGGUAUGGGAGCACUUCCAGCUUGUGGACUGCAAACACUGGGAGGGAACAGACAAAAUUUGCAGCCAGAGAGGAUUGCUUACUAAGAAAAACUUCCUAGAGCUGUCAGAAAAACGUGGGUUAGUGAUACAAAGAAGUUGUCUGAGUUCACACUCUGGGAAACACUACGCACGGCUUUUCUAUAGCGGUGUAUGUCUCAGCUUUGAGAAGAAUCCCAUUCCAUCACUGCACAAGAAUCAAUUCUAGGAUGGCAAUGAGCAUGGUGCUGGUGCUGAUUAAACAUUGCCUUUUCUUGACCUUAGUGAAUUCAGUGGUGGGGUCUCACCUGAAAGGGAUUGAAAUCCCUGAAAAACGUCAGCACAAAGUCCAACAUGGACACUGCAGCUUCACUUUUCUUUUGCCUGAGAUAGAAAACUGCUAUCCACCUCCAGCUGACUACCAGGUAUCCAAUUCAUUACAGAGGGAUGCGCCAGCACACCCUGAUCUCCAUUGGCCAAACAAGAGGAUACAGGAGCUGGAAAGCAUGAUGGAGAAUAAUACACAGUGGCUUCAAAAGCUAGAAAGCUACAUUCAUGACAAUAUCAGAGGUGAGACAACAGAUUCUGAGCAAUCAACUGUGCAGAAUCAAACAAUGCUGGAAAUCGGGACAAACCUGCUAGCUCAAACUGCGGAGCAAACACGCAAGCUGACGGAUGUCGAGACUCAGGUUUUGAACCAGACAAAUAGACUGGAAAUUCAGCUGCUGGAAAAUUCUUUAUCAACCAACAAACUGGAGAAGGAACUUCUGCUACAGAGCCAAGAGAUUACCAAGCUGCGUGAAAAGAACAGUUUUCUGGAAAAUAGAGUCUUGGAGGUGGAAGAGAAGCAUCGAGAGGAAAUAGAUGUGCUAAAAUCCGAGAAACUUCAUGUAGAGGAUUUACUUUCCACGCAGAGUGGCCUCAUCAGGGAAAUGGGGCAGCAGCUCAAUGAUGCAAUGCAUAACAACAGCAUCUUACAACGACAGCAGGCACAACUCAUGGAGAUUGUGAGCCAACUAACCACACUGGUAUCCCAAUACAACCAUAUUCCAGUAAUACCAAAGGAAGAGCUGAUGUCUUUCCAAGACUGUGCAGAUGCCUAUAAAUCUGGACUAACAUCUAGUGGAGUCUAUACUGUACGCUUUUCUAAUUCUACAGACACAAUAAAAGCAAUGUGUGAUAUGGAUACUAGUGGGGGAGGCUGGACUGUUAUCCAACAUCGUAAGGAUGGAUCUGUAAAUUUCCAUCGAACCUGGAAAGAAUACAGAGAAGGUUUCGGCAGCACUUCUGGAGAGUACUGGCUAGGAAAUGAAUUUGUCCACCAGUUGACAUCUCAAGGCUCAUACAACCUAAGAAUCCAGCUAAGAGACUGGGAUGGAAAUGAAGCAUAUUCACUAUAUGAUUCCUUUUCUCUUGAAAAUGAGGAACUUAACUACAGGUUGAAUUUAAGAGGAUAUAGUGGAACAGCAGGAAGGAUAAGCAGUUUUAGUUCCACAGGAACUGACUUUAGCACCAAGGAUGCAGAUAAUGACAGAUGCAGUUGCAAAUGUGCACAGAUUGCAACAGGAGGUUGGUGGUUUGAUGCGUGUGGACCUUCAAACCUCAAUGGUAUUUAUUAUCCAAGUGGAUCUGGAACUGCAAAGUACAAUGGAAUCAAAUGGCAUUAUUGGAAAGGCCCCAGCCAUGGACUGAAGUCUGUCAUCAUGAUGAUCCGGCCUGCUGACUUUUGAACCAAUGUGCACAUUGACUUCCAAAGUCUCAUUAUGCUCUUUUAACUUUUUUUUUAUUAAAAACAAGAAAUGAUCUGCGUUUGAAUUGACUUUGCAGAAUGCAUUAUACGUUAUAUUUUGUGUUCUUUGGGCAAUGAUCGUUUAUUUUGUUCUGGUACAGUUAGGAAAUAUGGCUUUAACUAUGGAAGGGACAUAUCCAUCCACAAGGGCUCAUGUGUAAAGACCUGGUUCUUUUGAUUGAUGAAGAAGAAAGAGAAGCACAACUCAAAAAUAAGACACAGAUGUAUUUUUAAAUAAAACGUUUUGAAGUA